AGGCAACGAAAGGGUAAAAACCCCUCUUCAAGAAAAAUCAAAGAAUCCAAUAACCAUAGCGAAAUGCUGAUGAUGUCGAGGCUAAAAUCUCUCCACUCCUUGAGAUCCCUGCCCCACCUUCUCACCUCAAAAUCCCACAACCAACCGUCCUUUCACCGGUCAUUCUCCCUGUCCCACCUGUCAUUAUCAUCAUCAUCAUCAUCAUCUCUACUCCCUUCAGCAUCCGCCGUCCGAUUCAUCAGUACGUGCCGCCCCCGAGAGGAACCCAACUUCCACUACAAUAUACCUCCCUUCCUCGACGAGAUACCUCCACCCGCCAACUGGGGCAUCGUGAUGGUCCCUGAAAAUCAGGCCUACGUUGUCGAACGGUUGGGAGGGUACCAGAAGACCCUCUAUUCCGGCAUCCACUUCCUGAUACCAGUGGUCGAUAGGAUCGCCUACGUCCAUUCCUUGAAGGAAGAGGUGUUCCUAAUUCCAAAUCAGUGUGCAAUUACGAAGGACGAUGUCCGCAUUUUAAUUGACAGUGUUGUUCAUGUCAAGAUAGUCGAUCCGUUGCUAGCAUCAUAUCAUCUCAGCAAUCAGAUCCUUGUAGUUGCGACUCUGUCAUGUGGGAUAAUGCUCAGAAAUCUCAGGAAAAUGAAUCUCAACGAGAUUCUUGAGGAGAUGGAUACUCUGAAUGAGAAUAUCUUGAAUUCAGUUAAUGAAGGUGGUACUGGUUUGGGUGUGAAGUGUAUGCGACAUAGGAUAUGGGACAUAUCUCCUUGUCCAAAGUCAAGUGAAAUUAUUGAGAUGCAACAGUCCGGGGGGAGAGAGAGAAAAAGUUCAGCUAUCCUAGAAUCAGAAGAUUCCUUUGUUAGAGCUAAAGAAGAAGCAAAAGCUAUCUUUACAAAGGUACAAGCAGCAACUGCAAAAGGAUUUUCUUUGCUAUCAAAUUCCAUUAAAGUAAGUGGAGGUGGAGGUGAUGGGCAUCCCAGACAAGACAAAGAUGAAAGCCCUGCAACUGUUGCUCCACCACCAGUUUUCUCUUUGGAGAGCCCCAAGAACCAAAGGUGAUACGGGGUCAAUGGCCUAGGAUUUUCUUAAGUGGCAUUUGGUAAACUGAAAAAUAAAGUCUGAAAAUUAAUUUAAGUAUGGAAAAGUUGAAGUACUGAAUUUUAGUAUUUAUUUAAGUACAAAUUUUGUUUAGUAAAAAGAAAAAGAAAAUUUGGAUCAAGAAGAUUGUUGUGUGAUCCUUUCAUCCAGGUCUGCGUGACCUUAUCAACAGGUUUGAUGGCAUAUAAACAUUACAGUGGGCCUCAGGAAGUUUUUAGUGGUGGGUGUUCAAUCACCAAUGUUUUCUUUCCUGUGGUGGGGUCCACCUGAGAUUUGGAUCUGCCUCAUUUUUUGAACCAUGUACUAAAAUGAGGUGUAAAAACGGAUGGUUGAUAUAAUUUGUAGAACCAUCAAUUUGGACUGUCCACCGUGUUGCUCCACUUUUGAUUGCAUGUGAUCCUCAAGAGCCAUUUUGAUUGGACCAUCAUAGCCAUCUAAUCAAUUGCUAUAGAGAUGGUGUUUAAAUUUUUAGGAAAAUGAGUCAAAUCAUCAAUCUAAAUCUUCCAUCGUGUGGACCCCACUUUUGAUUACAUGUGUUUCUUAAGAAUUGCUUUGAUCAGACCAUUUUAACCAUCCGAUCAAAUGCUAGUAAAUGGUAUUGAUUGCACAAGAAUGGAUGUAAUCAUCAAUCUGCACUGUCCAUCUCAAGGGCCCCACCUCUAGUUCCAUGCGUGUCUAAAGAGUCCCUUUGAUUGGAUCAUCCUAACCAUCCAAUUGAUUGCAUGGAAAAUGGAUGAUUCAGAUGAUUGUAGGACAAUGGAACUUAUCAUAGAUGUGGGUCAUGCCUUUGAUUUCGUGUCUUCCUCAAGAAUCUCUUUGAUACGAUAGUCCUAGCCAUAACGGUCGAUUGCUUGGAAACUGGAAGGCAUGAUGAUUUUAGGAAAAUACAUCUAAUCAUCAAUCUAGACCAUCUACCAUGUGCAACUGUUCGAAUCACUUUGAUUGCUUCAUCCUAACCAUCUAAUCAAUUGAUAAGAACGUGGACAGUCAUACUUGAUCGUAGGAAAAUAAUCUAAUCAUCAUUCUGGACCAUUCAUCAUAUAGGCCCCACAUUUGAUUGCACGUUUUUCUCAAAAAUUCCUUUGGUUGGAUUUUCUUAACCAUUCAAUCAAUUGCUAAAAAAAUAGAUCAUCCAUAUUGAUAGUAGAAAAUUGAUUAGAUCUACAAUGGGAAGCGUCCAUCACGGAUCCCAGGCCUACUUAUUAAUUUUAUGUUUCCUAAGAAUCCUUAGGAUCAAAACAUCCUUAGCAUUCGAUCAAUUACCAUGAAAUGGAUGUCUGAUAUUCUCUGUGUGAGAAAGGUCUAAUAUAGACCAUUUAUCAUGUGGGUCCCACCCUGGGAUCACAUUAUUCACUGGUCAAGAUGACUGGAGAUGCUAACAUUGAUUAGAACAUCAAUAAUCAUUUAAUUCGAGAGUU